AUGGCGAAGGGGCUGAGAGCCAAGAGCAAGCGGCGCUACCGCGCAGUGAAGAGACAGUGCGUCGCACAGACAGUCGAGAAAGACCGCCUCGAGUGUCUGAGUGCGCGUCUCCAGCUUCUGCAGCAAGGCAGCAAUCUCGUGGACCUCGAUAUUCAGCCACCGAAUGCGUUUCUUCAUCCAGACACUGCAGGUGCCGUGUUUCCUCAGAAGCUCCCAGGACCGCCUCCGCUGGAUUUCCGGUGCGAGAAAGUUGGUCUCUUGGCAGGCCUCGCGAGCACGCACAACCGGCGAAAAUACACUCCAGAGGAAGAAGAGGACUUUAUGCGGAUGUACGACAAUCUGCCAGGGAAGACCAACUAUCCACGGACUCACUCGCUGCGCAAGCAGCUGCACGCAGAGCGCACCGCGGCGGAUGGGGCCAUGGAGGAUGGGUCCUCUGAGGCAGAAGAGACAGGGGGCGAGAGGGGUGACAUGAGCGACGCGUUCCCCGGAGACAGCGCGAGUGGAGACGCCUACGGACUGCCUGCCAGCAUGAUGAUGACCGACGCCAUGCGAGCGAUGAUGGAUCGGCGCAGAAAAGAAGAGACAUCGCGCGUCCCCGUCAAAGUUAAUCUCCUCGCGACCAAAAAGAAAGCCGAAGCAAAGGCGGCGGCGAGCCGAAUCGGAACCAAGAAACGAAGCAAGAAAGGGAAAUGA